UUCUGUUAAAUUUGAUCUCUUAGUUGAAAUAGUAUUGAUCAUUUCGUAAGAUUUUUAGGGAUUUUUGGGUAAUGUAUUGGAAAUAAUUCGUUUUUGGUUCGAUUUGGUAAUCUUGCUGAUUGAUACUGAUUAUUAAUCUUAUUUUUGUUUUCUAAAACCUAGAUUUUCUUCCAACUUAAAAUUGUUGUGGUAAUUUUGUUGAUUAAUCUUAUUUUGGUUUUCUAAAACCUAGAUUUUCUUCCAACUUAAAAUUGUUGUGGUAAUUUUGUUGAUUUUGAUCUUCUUUGGAAACUGUUAGUAGUUUCUAUAAUCUUUCAAACUUAUUGAUAGUAAUCUUAUUUUGUUUACUAAAACCUACAUUGAAAUUUGGAUGAUGAUUGAAAUUGAAAUGGUGAUGUUCUUCAUCCUUGAAUGGUUGUGGAGGCUAUUUAGUGUUUCUACAAAUUUUAUACUUGUUCUAGUUACUUGUUUUACUAAUAGGUUUUUCUGUAAAGCUUUCUAGAUGAUGGCCUGUGCACUAAGCAGCACUAUAGCCAUUACUAGUUUUAAGAAGUAUCCGUUUCUUAAAACUAGUAAAAACACCUUUUACCCUCCAUCAAUAAUGCAUGCCAAAAAGGUAAUUGGUCUAGGAAACAUCAGCUCUCUCAGCUACAAGGUUUCAAAGAAGAGUCAGUUCAUCAUAUCUUCCUGUAUGAAAGACAACUCAGCUACAAAGGCUGGUGGAUUUCCCUCUAGGAGAUGGUUUGAGGAAAAAUUUGCUGGUGUUGGUAUUGAUGUUGUUAAAGCUUUGGUACUAUGGAUAUGUGGGUGGUUCUAUAAGAAACAUAUAUUCAAGAAGAAUCUUCCAUUCACCAAAGGGGAUUUGGUACAAGUUAAACUCAAUGGGGACUGCAUCUGUGGUGUGGUUGAGGAAAUAGGUGACGAGAAGACUUGUAUCAGAGGAUUUAAUAACUUUCCAGAUUAUGUUCCAAAUGGUGACUUCGACACAAAGAACGUCAAGAACCUCUCUUUGUUCACAAAAGCUAAACCAUGUAAUCUGGAGUGUUGUGUUGGAGGGAAUCUUGUAAAUUUCGGGAAAGCUCCCAGGGUGGAACAAGUAGCAGGAACUGGAGCAGGGACUAAGACUGCUGAUUCUGAGAAACGAAUAGGGCCUGAAGUUCAGCUGUGGAGAGUCGGCUUUAGUCUUGAAAUAAGGAGCAGAAGUUACGAUAACUUGGAUGUUUUGAUAGAGAAAAUGCACGCUGAAAUUAUCAAAGAGAGUCUUGUUAAAGAACACGGCCGUGUCACGAUUUUAGUCGACUCUUACCUAUCUGAGAAACAAGCUUUUAAGAUUCUAGUAGCAUGCUUUAUUGAUGCCAAGAACAGUUUAAAAAAAUACUUAAAGUUUAAGGGGCAUCUCCAGAUGAAGCUGGCAGACAUAAUUACUACCUAUGAGAAAAACCUCUGUCUGGUCACAAAUGUUGACGCUUGUAAUGUGGAGUGUUGCGUCGAAAAAGCCGAUUCUAAAGUGCAAGUACGUACUGGAGUUGGGACCAAGACUUUUGAUUCUAAAGUGCAAGUAGGGACUGCACUAGGAACCAAGACUGCUGAUUCCAUAGUGCAAAUAGGGACUGGUGUAGGGAGUGAUAUCAAGCUGUGGGGAGUCAGCUUUACUCUUCAAGUAAGCAACAAAAGUUACAACAAAGUGAACAGUUUGAUGAAGAAAAUGCAUUCUGAAAUCAUCAAAGAGAGUCGUGUCAAAGAACAUGAUCAUGUCACGGUUGCGGUUGACUCUUACAUAUGCGAGAAACAGGCUUUCGAGAUUCUAGUAGCAUGCUUUGUUGAUGCUAAGAAGAGUUUAACUGAAUACUCAAAGAUUAAGGUGAGGGGCAUCUCCAGAUGAAAUUGGCAGACAUGGUUGCUAACUAUGAGAAGGGAAAUUUUCUGGGUAUAUAGAUAGUUUUGAUAAAUUUGCUGUAUAGGGAAAAAUCUAUGAAUUGUGUUCUUAGAUAGUUUGGUAUAUUUCUCAAGCCUUGGUAUUCAUUACCAAAAAUCAUAUGAAUUGUGCUCUGAGAUAAUAAAUAGAUAGAAUGAGGGAAGUGAAAGCGUAUGUAGUAGACUAGAUUCGUAGGUUUACUGAAACCAUAUGUAGUAGUCGAGAUUCUUAGGUUUACUUUUCUUUUGAAUAAUUCUUCAUCUCUAAUCAAAUACAAUGUAAAAAUCCUCCACUUAAGAAAUCCACAACUUUUGAUAGUUUUA